UCAGGCGAACCUCUCUUUAAUUCCUUAAUAAAUCCUUCUCCGGCAGCCGACAACCAAAAUAUCCCUUCGAGACCGACUUAAACGGCACCGUUUUCUUCCAUGGCCUCCCCGCAUAGAGAUCGGACCUCCGAGUUCCGAUCACUAUCCCAAACGCUUCAAAAGCUCGGAGGAGGGAUCUCAGCCGUCGAUAAGAAUCAUCUCCAAAACGACGAUGUUUCCCAAUCUCCUCCUCUUCCAGUUUCAUCUGUCAGAUCUGAGUCCAAUAGAAAGGCUUCUCUAAUCGGGUCGGGUAUCCAUGAAACCUCUCAAAAAAUUGUUCGACUUGCCAAACUGGCGAAAAGGUCAUCGAUGUUCAAUGAUCCGAUUGUUGAAAUACAGGAAUUGACUGCUCUGAUAAAGGCCGAUAUUACCACCUUGAAUGCUGCACUUUCGGAUUUGCAAACACUUCAAAACAUGGAGAUCGCUGACGGUAAUUACUCGGAGGAUCGGGUUGUUCAUUCGACAACGGUGUGUGAUGACUUAAAGAACAAGUUAAUGGGUGCUACAAAACAUUUCCAAGACGUGUUAACUGCAAGAACUGAGAAUAUUAAAGCUCAUGAGAAUAGGAAACAGAUAUUUUCUAAAAGUACAAGAAGAGAGAAUCCGUUUCAGCGUCCAACAAAAUCUGUGACUGAGCCACCUCCUUGGUCAAGUUCUUCAAAUGCCUUGGAGAGUUCGCUGCCCUCAGGACUUCCAUCGAAUGGAGUGCAAGCUGGAAGCCAACUAAGGCGGAGGCCGGCCGUGGAUGGCACACCUUCACACCAGAUGGAAAUGUCCAUGUUGCAGCAGGUCGUUCCCAGGCAAGAAGAUUACUCUCAAGGUAGAGCAGUUGCUCUUCAAAAUGUGGAAUCUACAAUUUCCGAACUUAGUGGGAUCUUUACACAUCUGGCCACAAUGGUUGCACAACAAGGAGAACUAGCUAUCAGGAUUGAUGAGGACAUGGAUCAAUCAUUAGCUAACGUCGAAGGUGCUCGUAGUGCUCUAUUGAGGCACCUAAACCAAAUAUCAUCAAAUAGGUGGCUUUUAAUCAAGAUAUUUGCUGCAAUCAUCUUUUUCCUGGUGAUCUUCAUCAUCUUUGUGGCUUGAAGUGAUAACUCGAGAUUCCAAUAUAUAUACUUCUUAUCACGACAUGGCGUGGAUAUCCGUGUAUGGCUUAUUCUGUCAUAUUCAUUAUGUAUAUUCAAUUUGCUUUGCCAUGAUUUUCAUGUGGUCCUAGCUUGUAAAAAGUUGCAGGCUUCUAGCUGUGUUGAACGUAACAUAACUCCACCAUACCUUAUUGCUUGUAACCAUGUUGAGAACCCGAUUUGUGCAUCAAUAGAGGCUGAUGAAUUUGAUAUCGGAUAAUAUGAUUAUUAUGUUUCGAAAUGAUUAAUUUUCUUCCCC